GUAUAAUUCUCAUAUAAUUCCAGCUAGGUUAGCGGAAAAGGCAACGUGUACGUACUUUUACAUAGAUUAGAGAUGUCAACUACAGCUACGAUUGACAGAAAAGAAAAAAUGUUUUUACGUUUUCUUAGCGUAAAAAAUUGUAGUUUACUUAAUUUACGUUUCACAAGCUUAUCUAAUCUAGCAGAUAUAACAGAACUGACAAUACAAUUAUCACUGAUAUGAUUAACUGCGUUGCACACGUGUUGCGACAAAAAUAUACAUUGUUUACAGUUAUACACUUUGUUGUUACUGACAAUUGACACUUUGUACCAAUACGACCUUGCGAUAAAAAUCGUACGCUGACCUUAAAUUGCACCAACUAAAAACUAAAUCCUAAAUGUGAAAAUGGCCGAAGAGAAAAAAGUGGUGGUUAUAGCAAGUGAUGGUAGUGAUCAUGCAAAAUUGGCAUUGCAAAAAUAUGCAACAGAAUUUUACCAGCCUGGUAAUUUUGCAGUCGUUGUGUAUGUUGCUACGUACACCGAAAUCAGUUAUGGAUCUGUUGCACUGAUACCAGGGGAUCCAGCUCUUGUUCAAAGGAUAGUGGAAUCGGAGGAGGUCAAGUGCACAGAAAUGGUGAAGAAAUUAAGUAAAGAAUUAGACGAUUUGAAGAUAGAAGGCGAGGUUGUGAGAGUAAACGGAGAACCAGGUCCUGCUGUUCUAGAAAAGGCAAAAGAUCUCAAAGCAGUAUACAUAGUAGUAGGAUCACGUGGUUUAGGGAAAAUCCGGAGAACUAUUAUGGGCAGUGUCAGUGACUAUCUCGUGCAUCAUGCACACAUUCCAGUAGUUGUAUGCAAAUCAGAACAUCACCAUCAUCAUCAUGGAGGUGAUAACCAUUCUUGAUUACAUCAAACAUGAGGACUAAGUUUUGUAUAGCGGAGGAAAUGUUCUGUUUUCAUUUUUAAUUUGAAGGAAAUGUGGCAAGGACAGCCAUUUUAUUUUACUGACUGAUUUUCUUUUAUGAAAGAUAUUCAGAUAAAUGCCGAGCGAAAAUCUUUUUGAUUCAGGAUGAAUAAAAGUUUAUUGCUUAA